CAGAUAAAGUCAACGAGUCAUAAUAUUAUGACAAUUUACUCAACAUUCCAAGCUAGAGUCCAAAGUUAAAAUAUUCCAAAAAUAAUGCGUAGGCAAGUAGCCCACAACGGUGUGUUCAUAGAGUGGAAAGCAUAAAAAAUUAAAUUAUUUGAAAGAUGUAAAAAUAAAGUCCACUAGUAUAAGAACUACCAAAAAACCCCAGAAAGUUGCAUGUGUAGAUGUCAAUUAUGCAGACAAGAAAAAAGAUUAUAGUUGGAGCAUGUAUAGGACUGUUGUUGAUAAUUUUAGGAGUUGUACUUAUUCCAGUAGUUGACUCAAUUGUUAAAUCUAAAGUUACAGAGGAAGUAACUUUAGAAGAAGAUGGUUAUUUAUACGGUAUAUGGAAAGAUCCACCAAUGCCAAUUUAUUUAGAUAUUUAUAUGUUUAACUUAUCCAAUCCAUUAGAAGUUAAAAAUGGAGCCAAACCUGCUGUAAUUGAAGUCGGACCUUAUACUUACAGGGAAAGAAGAAUAAAAUUUAAUAUUACCUUCAAUGACAAUGGUACAAUAUCAUAUCGCCAAAAACGUAUUUUUACAUUCCAACGAAAUAGGUCUGUAGGAGAUGAGCUGGAUAUGUUUACAACUGUUAAUCCACCAUUACUGACUUUAAUUGAAGGAUUAAGCAAUGAAAGUGCUGAAUUUCGGAAAAUUUUAACUGAUAUAAUUGGUUUGAUGGAAGGUGUAUUUAUAACCAGAAGUCUGAAAGAUAUUGUCUGGGGUUAUGUAGACCCAACAUUACAUUUAGCUCAUGAAAUAUUUCCAAAAUGGUUUUAUACAGAUUUUAUAGGAUAUUUUAUGAAUAAGAAUAAUACAGAUGAUGGAGUGUAUACAAUACAUUCUGGUAAAAAUGAUAUAAAUAAACUGGGAGAGAUAGAUAAAUAUAAUGGUACAAGAAGUUUAAACUAUUGGACAUCACCCUGGGCCAAUCAAAUCAAUGGGUCAGAUGGUACAAUUAAUCCUCCAUUUUUAGAAGAUACAGAAAUACUGAGAUUUUUUUCAAUGGAUAUUUGUAGAUCAGGGUUUGGUAAAUAUACAUCAGAUGUAGAAAUAAAACGUCAGCUACAUCUUCAUCGUUAUACAGCUACAGCACAAGAAUUAGCUAAUAAAACACUCAAUCCAGAUAAUGCUGGUUUCUGUACAAAAAGGUCUGGAUGUCUAGGAUCAGGAUUACUGGAUGUCAGUGUCUGUACACAUGUGGACGGUUUUCCAGUACCAUCAGUUAUUUCUUUCCCUCAUUUUUACCUGGCAGAUCAAAAAUUUAUUGAUGGUGUUAAUGGUGUUGAACCAAUUCCUUUAAAACAUGAAACAGCUAUUGACGUAGAACCAAUAACAGGAUUAGUUUUACAAGCAGCUAAAAGAUUACAGAUUAACAUGCACAUAACAACUGUACCGGAUGUCAAGAUGACACAUGGAAUAAAGCCAACAUUUUUACCUGUAUUCUGGAUUAAUGAGAGAACUAUAGUAGAUGAUAGUAAUGCUGAUAAACUAAAUACUAUGUUAUUUACCCCAAUGAUGGUGGCUCAUACUAUUGAAAUAGUUCUGAUUGCUAUUGGAGCUUUUGUCUUCCUUCUCUCACUCUUUCUCGGAUGUAAAUUACAACAUACUAAGAACUUCCAGUCAUCUGUAGAUGAGAAGACACCUUUAAUGAAUGAUAAAUCUUUCACAACAAAUUAAAAUUUGAUCAGUGGCAUGAGAAAUCUGAGAAAGGAAGACAUCUUAAAUGUUUCAGAACAGAUGAAAUAAAUAAAUUAAAUAGGAUGGCUCGUACAACACAGUUAACAACAAUAAUUUCAAAUUUUAAAAAAAAACAUCAUGUAAUUUUACUCUUUAAAAUGGAUAUCUGCACACCACUGUUUUUGAUAUAUCAGUGUAUUAAUUGUUUGUAAUUCAGAUGGUUUUGGGGGCCAUGGAAUAUUAAAUUCCCCCAAUGACCACUAGCAAAUUAAUUUUCUUUCAGAAAAUGAGUUUAGAGCUUUAGCUCCUUUAAAGUUCAAGAUAAAGUUGACUCAUCACUAAUUUGUCAACAUUGACAUUAUAUAACCCAAACUAUCACUUUGUGUAAAUAUGUAUAUAGAUAUUGUUAUGAUUACUUGGGCUUUCUUGCCUGUUAUUAAUUAUUAAUGGCAUUACCAAUAUGUUUUAAAAGGGGGGGGGGGUGUUUCAUAUACACCUGUUGGCAUGUUAUAUAUAUAUGCUGCAUGUCAUGUUUAAUUCCUGUUGAGUGACCAUAUUGAAUGACUUGUUAUUGUAUAUGCUAAACAGGGAUAUGGCUGAAUGCAUGUUAUUCAUCGUUAAGUAUUGAUCCAAAUUGAUUGGUAAAUUUUGUUACGUUGUUGUUUUUAAUUCUCUGCCGUUAAAUAGGCAAUUAUUACGUUUGACCCUGUUCAUCCGUCUGUCGUCCUCAGGGGUGGACUGAGGAGGAACCUGUGAGUGUGGUAGGCUGUUUGGGGGCCCAUUUUAGUCACCAGGCCAGGCCUGUCCCUGACAAACACUCUAGUGACAAUAGUAAUACACUGUUUACAUUAGUGACACAUUUCAGCAAUUUCUGCUAACUUCCAAAGUCAUUGUCCUUGCUUUUUUCACAUUGAUGAAUGUCAGCAAUUUCCAAUAAUUGCUUCUCUAAUCAGGUUAUCAUUCACUCUGUUUGAAAUUUAUAUGCAUUGUUCAUAUUAAAGAUAUAUUAUGGGAGAUUCGAUAACGAGUUGGCAGUUCUCACUAUAAUAGUUAAAAACUAGAUAACGUAAAGGCAAUUUGCUGAAAAUUUCAUUCAAAUUGGUCCACUAUGAACCGAAAACUAAGCGAAGGAAAUUUCUGCCUAGCCUCGGUCAACAUUACUAAAGUCAGUACGAUAAACAGCAUAGUCUCGAUUAUCUAUUUAAUCGUUUAAUCGAGAAGGAAAGUUAUGCAGUAAAUCGGUUCACAAUCCACUUAAGAUCGCAGACUAGCGAGUCCAUCUAGAGUUGAUUAUGGUCUGGAUAAGUUAAUUAAUGUCUAAUUAAUAAUUUAGAUAACAUUUCAGGCCUAAAGAAAUACCUGCAAUAGGCAGACUUAGCUCUUGCAUAAUGUAUGUUUAAGGAUUCUCAGAAUGCAUUAUCAUUGUUUCUACUUGAAAUUUAUGCUCUUUGUUUCAGUUUAUGCAACAAAUAAGCUUAUCAAGUUCAAGCAAUUUCUGAUAAUUAAUUCUGGACUAUUUUGUAGAAUCCUGUCAGUGAUAUUUGGUAUAAAGUUUUUACUUUUCAUUCAUCAAUUAGCUACUUUGUAGGAUCCUAUCAGAGUUCUAAACAAAGUGAUUUAUAUUGGGUAUAAAGAUUUUUCCUUUUUAUACAUUUAAAUGUGGUCAUAUAUUGUCGUCGCCCCCGUCCGUCGGCCGUUGGUCCGGCGUCCACAAUUGCUUGUGGACGCUCUAGAGGCUAAAGUUAAUAUCCGAUUGACUUUAAAUUUAUACACAGUGUUUAAGAUCAUGAGACGAAGAAGCCUAUUGAUUUUCAGCGAUUUCCGAUAAUUACUGCCAGAGUUAUGGCCCUUGAUCACUUCAAAAAAUCUUGUGGACGCUCUAGAGGCCAAAGUUAAUAUCCGAUUGAUCUUAAAUUUAUACACAGUGUUUAAGGUCAUGAGACGAAAAAGCCUAUUGAUUUUCAGCGAUUUCCGAUAAUUACUACCAGAGUUAUGGCCCAUGAUCACUUCAAAAAAUCUUGUAGACACUCUAGAGGCCAAAGUUAAUAUCCGAUUGACUUUAAAUUCAUACACAGUGUUUAAGGUCAUGAAACGAAGAAGCCUGGUGACUUUUAGCAAUUUCCGAUAAUUACUGCCAGAGUUAUGGCCCUUGAUCACUUUGAAAAAUCUUGUGGACGCUCUAGAGGCCAAAGUUAAUAUCCGAUUGACCUUAAAUUUAUACACAGUGUUUAGGAUCAUGAGACGAAGAAUCCUAUUGAUUUUCAACGAUUUCCGAUAAUUACUGCCAAAGUUAUGGCCCUUGAUCACUUUGCAAAAUCUUGUGACGCUCUAAAGGCUAAAGUUAUCAUCCGAUUGACUUCGGAUUGAUACACAGAGUUUAAGAUCUUGAGAGGAACAAGUAUAUUGAUUUUCAAUGAAUUUUUAUGACUUGGAACAGCUAAAUCCAUGAUAUUAAAAGUUUUGUACACAAAACGUUAGCAUGGGGUAGAAGUUUAUAAAAACCAAACAAAUUCUAAUGGUUUUCUCAGUUGUUGCUCUUAAUCAGAUUUUAGUGUAUUAUAAAUGUUUCAUUACCGAAAAAGGUAAAAAUAUGCGACAACUCUUGUUAACUGCCCGGACGAUUUAGCUGCUGUGGGCGUAUGUUUCGUUGCCUGGCAGCCUAUCUUUAUUCUCGUAAAGAAUAACACAACUCCAACCUUUAUGGACCUCUAGACGACCUAGCUGCACUGGACGUAUGUUUUGUUGCCUGGCAAACUGUCUUUGUUUCUUGUUAUGUUGAAGAUGGUAAUAUAAUGUAUAUAAGUCUAUUGCAAUUCCUAGUUAUUGAUAAUCCUGGGUUUAUUUUAUAUACUAUGCAUGAUUUUUAUUUAGUAUUUUAUUUUUAAUACACUCUCGGUUUUAAUGCAAUCUGAUUAAAAUACAGAUCUAUAUUUCGUUUCUUUUUUUUUUAUACUUUCGAUUGCCUCUAGUGUAGUAAAGAAAAGAAAAAUGAAAUUUUGAACUAUAAAAAACGAACGAAAUAGGAUCUGUGUUUUAAUCAGAUUGUUUUUAAUGUAGACAUGUAGGCCUAUACUGUCGUCAUGUGCACAUCCGUCCUCAAUGCAGCUCAAACCGUCUUGAUAUACCAUAACAUUAUUUUGGUAUGAGUAGGCUAUCAUAGUCAGACACACGUCAACAAAGUCAAAAAUUAGUGUCCAAUAACAAUAUGAUAUUUAGACAAAGUACUGCCUUAUAAUUAUUUUAAAUAAUGUCCCUAUAUAGUUGAAUAUUUUAUUUGUUUUUGAUGAAUUAGGCGUUUCUAUAAACAUCCCCAAAGGCACAUAUAAAAUGUAUGUUAAAAGAAUUGAUGUAUAAUAUAUUUUGACAAAACAGGCAUGGGUGUUCUAUGGACCGGGAACCGAGUGUGCCGUCAUCGCAGCAAUCUUGGAAUAUCAAAAUUCAAAUCAAAAUUCGAAGUCCGUCGAUUGAUGCGCAAUUGUCCAAGGAACGAGCAUGUCAAGUUUCACGUCGAUGGUAUAUAAAUUGACGGAACCUUGGGCCUUUUUCAAAGAGCAAUAAGAAUAUGAGUAGUGCUUUCCUGGUCCAACAAUUAACUGGGGAUGUUAUGUGAUAGAUAGCAGAAUAAUUUUUUUGUCUUUUUUAUGGAUGAGAUGUUGCACACAUGGACGACUUGUUUCCUAGUGGGUGUAAUGGUCGCAUGACUAACCGCAUUUGUUUUAAACUAUAAUAUGUAUAUUUUUUUAAUAAACAGAUUAAGUGCGAAAAUGA